AAAUUGUAUUCAUACAUUUGCUAUUAAUUAGUCCAUCAUUUAUUGAUAGAAACGACUGUCCAGCUAGUAUAGAAUAUAGCUUCUUUCGCGCGUCUCAUGUAGAUAUGUGCCAGUCUCUCUUUGUUUUUUCACACGUUAGCUAGUUAGCUAGCAUUAACCUUAGCUUACCUGCUAUUUAGCCAAUGAAGCGUGAAUGAAGCUGCACAUGCUAGUGCACUACUUUUCUCUAGUGAGCGAGAUUGUAGUCGUUGCUGUGCACACAAAAUCGGUGUUCAUAACUAGGUAGUCGCAGCUGAGCUACUCGUCAGUUGUCUAAACCAGGAGAGAUCAAGCAUGGGCAGUGUGUUGGCUGCCAGCUCCCCAAACCCACCCCCAGCCUCAGGGGGUGGCAGUGCCCCAGGGGGCACAGGUCUAGUGACGGUACCACCAGGUUUCACUAUGCCCCCGGUAUCUGCAGUCCCACCCUCCUCAGGCACACAAGGCCAGCCCGGGACAGAUGCAGAAGGCUCUCUCCCCAACCCCGGCACAUUUGAAGAGUGUCAUCGCAAAUGCAAAGAGGUCUUCCCUGUGCAGAUGGAGGGGGUACGCUUGGUUGUCAACAAAGGCUUGAGUAAUCACUUCCAGGUUAGUCACACAAUUACUCUAAGCACCUUGGGGGACUCGGGGUACAGAUUCGGAGCCACAUAUGUGGGCAGCAAGCAGACAGGACCUGCAGAGUCUUUUCCGGUCAUGGUUGGUGACAUGGACAACACAGGCAGUCUAAAUGCACAGAUCAUCCAUCAGUUGACCAACCAUGUUCGCUCUAAAGUGGCCAUUCAGACGCAGCAACAGAAGUUUGUAAACUGGCAGUGUGAUGCAGAAUAUCGUGGCGACGACUUCACAGCUGCUGUUACCCUUGGCAACCCAGAUGUUCUUGUUGGCUCUGGUAUCAUUGUGGCACACUACCUCCAGUCCUUGUCUCCCUCUUUGGUAUUGGGAGGUGAGCUGGUCUAUCACAGGAGACCAGGAGAGGAGGGCACCGUCACAUCGUUAGUGGGCAGGUACACAGGUAGUAACUAUGUUGCCACGUUGACUGUUGGAGGAGCCGGUGCACAUGCAUCAUAUUACCACAAAGCUAAUGACCAGCUCCAGGUUGGGGUGGAAUUUGAGGCUAGCACACGAAUGCAGGACACAAGCAUGUCGUUUGGUUAUCAGUUGGAUGUACCCAAAGCAAAUCUGCUGUUUAAAGGUUCUUUAGAUAGCAAUUGGGUGGUGGGAGCGACGCUGGAAAAGAAGCUGCUUCCCCUUCCUCUAUCAUUAGCCCUAGGCGCCUUCCUUAACCACCGCAAGAACAAGUUUCAGUGUGGCUUUGGUGUCACUAUCGGAUAGAACAACCAUGGUGAUUUCAGAAUCUCGACAGAUACAACCCUCCACCACGCUUGGACUGGUGCAAAGAGACAUGGGGACAUGGACCAACACUGAAACGGACUCAGAGACUCCCAGUAUUAGUGCGUUGAACCUUCACAAGGAUGGACCAGGACAAAGAGCUCGCGGGACAGUCCAAAAGAGCUCUCAUCAAUCUAAAUGUUCAGUUAUCUGAUAAACAGACAGUCACAUAAGGUUUGUUUUUAAAUGCACAUCAUGUGGAAGAAUGUCCGAUGCAUGUAACAUUAAAGGUGUUUUGGAAGAAAGUACGUAUCUGUAUUCAAAAUAUGAUUCAGUCAAAUACAGUCCGUUAAUGUGGAGAUGCCUUUGCUCUGUUUUUUUGCCUUUGUUGAGACAAAAUUAUUUUUUUGGCUUUUACACGAGACGGUUUUCUUAAGGGCAAAAGACGUCCAUUUUUUGAUCUAUAAACAUAAACCACUUGUUUUGGUCUAUAUAAAUGUGGUCAGACGGUUUGAGUGUGCUCAUUUUUUACUUAAUGUUCUUGUAAGAAUUAAAAUGAUUUAAUCUUCAAUAAUAUACUCCAUGACAUGCUGUUUGUGAUGUCAAAAUGAUGAAAAUUCAAUGCAUGGGAAGCUCUGGGUUGUUUAAGUCAAUGCCUGUGUCCCUUUUGCCUGGUUUUGCAGACAAGGCUUAAGCCUAGUCCCAGACUAAAAUAAUUGUUUGAGCUCUCUUAACUAAAAGCAACUUGCACUGACAUAUCUUAAAAUAUGUCAGUGGCUUUGUCUCGAGAUGCACACCAGUAAUCUUUUCUAAGGCACAUUUAUAAAAGCUACUUAAAUGUCCUAAUUUAACUAUGGCCUGCCUAUUCCUGGCUUAAUCUAAGCCUUGUCUGUGAAACUGGAAAAAUAACUAGUCACAGAACACUUUUCCUGUAUUUGUCCGUUAGGGUCUUAGGGCCAAAUUCGGAUGCUGGUUUCAUAUUGACCGGGGCGUAACCAAUCAGACUGUCCUUUUUAUGUCUUGAAAUGCAUCACUCUGAAUUUUCCACUUGGAAGAAUUUCCAAUGUUUGUAUUAUUUUAAUUAGUUGUUGUACACAAUUAAAGGUUUUGGGGGCAGUCAAAGAGUUGGAGCAGAUACUAUAAUAAACCUGUAAAAUCUAA